UCGGGCUUGAGGCCUAAUGCUGUACCUUCUUACCCACAGCACGAGAGAUGAGGCAGCCUAUUCCGCCACCAGAUGUCGCUGCUGCUGCCUUUCACUUUCUUUUCUUGACUUACAGAGGGGCAGACUUUUCCGGAGCUUCGCACUUCCUACGUCUGCUUUCCCGUGUGACACUUACUGUUAAGAUUCCGGGUGCGAUGAUACGAUAGUUUUGGGCGUUGAGAGAUUUUUUUUCACUGACAGAAAAGUGAGAAGAGGAAACUGAGAAGAUGAAAAAAUUUUUCCAGGGCCUUAAACGGGACGUCGCAUUCAAAACGACUGCGGGACCCGGCCACAGGUUGACUGAAGACACCCGGUCCCAGCAGGCAGCAGCAGCAGCAGCCAAGCAGACAAGUGCAUGUUCAAAGCCUAGAGACAUUCCUUCUGAGGAAGCGCAAAUGGCAGCAGCAGCGGCCUUGGCUAGGAUGGAGAAGAAACAACAAAAGAGCAGCGUAGUGUCAUCCCAGGAGGUGAUCAGAAACAAGGUGAAGAAGGAGUUGAUGGCUGAAACAAUGGCAGCUAAACCAGACUCAGAAACAUUUGGUGAAGAGAUUUCCAAAGCAACUUGCCAGCAGAAUUCAAAAUUGUGUUCUGUGUCUGGUGUUUAUUUCAUAUGCCCCUUAACUGGUGCCUCCUUGAAGAAGAAUGACAGAGAACAACAUGUAAAGGAAGCAAUUCUUAUGAAAUUUUCCGAAGAACCAGUAGAGGCUGCAGUCAUGAUGAUUCAGACCUUUAAUAAAGACAGAGACAAAGUGAAAUCGGGUACUGAGAUAAUAGCAAAGUAUAUUGAUAACAUAUGCAAUAACCCAAAUGAAGAAAAAUAUCGGAAAAUAAAGCUGCAGAAUAAAGUGUUCCAGGAAAAAGUAAGCUGUCUUGAAGGUGCGCAUGAGUUUAUCUCUGCAGUGGGUUUUGAAAGAAAGACAUUGCCUGUGCCAGACCAAGAGAAUGAAGAAGAUUUUUAUGUACUGAGCGAUGAUGUUCUUGGUAAACUUGAAGAGCUCAAACUGCAUAAAGAGAAGCUGCUCAGAGGUGAGCCAGUGCGUGCCAAACUGGAUCGCCAGCUGCAAAUUUUUAAACCUUCACCCACGGCUGCAAGCUUUGAACUGCCUGAUGAUUUUUACAACCUUACUGCAGAGGAGAUUAAACGGGAGCAGCAGAUGAGAACAGAAGCAGUAGAAAGAAGCAUGAUGCUGAGAACAAAAGCCAUGCGUGAAAAAGACGAGCAGCGAGAGAUGAAAAAAUACAAUUAUACCCUGCUACGUAUCCGAUUGCCUGAUGAAUAUAUUCUGCAGGGAACAUUUUACGCUCGAGAAAAGGUGUCAGCACUAUAUGAAUUUGUGAGAGAAACGCUGCAGAAUGAGUGGCAGCCGUUUGAACUGCUUCUUCCAGGAGGAAUGAAGCUACUGGAUGACAGUACAGCCUUCAAUGAGUGUGGACUGGUGCCUGCUGCCCUGCUGACUUUUGUGUGGGAUGCUGCCAUACAAGCAGAUAUUGAAGCAGCUGGAGCCCAAGGACAGGGGAGUGCACUAAAGGAUGAACUUCUCUCUAAUGUUCAGCUGCUCAAUUAAAAUGAAGUGUAAUGCAGUCGGCCACAUUAAGGCCAACUGGUUCCAUUGACUCAGUGGUGCACUAUGAACUUUUCAGCUCAACGAGCUGUAAACAUCCUUGGAGAGAACAUUUUUCAAGCAGUUAAUUUCAAAAAACAAGUUUAGCUGUUGUCGUCUUGCAUUACGGCUAUCACAGACUCAUCCCAAGUUUUCUGCAAGAUAAUAUUUUGCCUCCCUGUUCUCUCUCCAGCACUGUAUGGUCGCUGACACUUGAAGACUAAUGGAUGUCUACUGGUUCCUGAAAAUGUUUCAACAGUAAUUUUUAAACUAAGCCUCAAAGCAAUGCUAGUAUGUCACAAAUUAUAAGUGCAAUCGGAGACCAUAAAAAUGUGGAAUUAUUUGGAGGAAACCAAGCUUUGCACCGAUACUGAUUUCAACAGGUCAAUGUUUAGUCCUAGUUUUAUGUUUCAUUUUGAAUGUAGAAAAGUGCAGUGACAUUUUUGCAAAUACAUUUCUUCUGUCUCAGUAGCCUUACCAGCUGCCAGCAUAGAAUCAGCAGCAAAUUGCCAUCCAGUCCAUAGCUUUCUAAUGAUUCUGUGCGUGUCAUCACUACAUAAUUUAUUUUAAAUAUAUUUAUAGAAAUAUGGACAUUUUGGCUUGUGUUUUUAACAAUAUUUGCAAACAGUGCUUGGCAUUUCUUAGUUGACAGCAGGUUGAUGCUAGUGCCACUGCCAUCCUUAUUGUGGAUUUUAGAUGACAUCAUGCAUUAACCUGUACCACACAUUAUUUUCACAGUAUUCAUUCAGGUAUGCAAUGUUCCUAAUUGUAACUACUUUAAUACAGAUAAGUUUAGCAGGAUUAAACCAGCUGCAGUGGUUUAGAAGGAUAAAGCCUUAGGUGACCUGAAUUUAGUUAAGAGUCCCGGGCACCUAACAGAGCUGGCAGCUGGAGGCUGAUGUGCUUAUCCUCGGGGGGUGGGGGGAAGAAAGCUUACUGCACACUCCUGCAUUCCCUUGGAGGAUAAGUGGAGAUGCAGAUGCAUGACCUAGAUGUGGGUGUUGGGUUUAACACACCACAGUCGGGGGUGGGGGUGGGGGUCAAAGGUGACUGCAUCAUGUUGCAUUCCUUUAGAGGAUUAGUGCAGAUGCAUGACCUAGAUGUGGGUGUUGGGUUUAUCGCACCACAUUCGGGGGGGGGGCAAAGCUGAGUGCACAUUACUGCAUUCCCCUGGAGGAUUAGUGGAGAUGCAGAUGCAUGACCUAGAUGUGGGUGUGUGGGUGUUGGGUUUAUCACACCACAUUCAGGGGGGGGGGGGACAAAGCUGAGUGCACAUUGCUGCAUUCCACUGGAGGAUUAGUGGAGAUGCAGAUGCGUGACCUAGAUGUGGGUGUUGGGUUUAUCACACCACAUUCGGGGGGGGGGGGGGACAAAGCUGAGUGCACACUGCUGCAUUCCCUUUGAAGGAUUAAUGCAGUUGCAUGACCUAGAUGUGGGUGUUAGGUUUACCACACCACAAUCGGGGGGGGGGGGACAAAGCUGAGUGCACACUGCUGCAUUCCCUUGGAGGAUUAGUGCAGAUGUAUGACCUAGAUGUGGGUGUUGGGUUUAUCACACCGCAUUCUGGGGAGGGGGGCAAAGCUGAGUGCACACUGCUGAAUUCCCUUGGAGGAUUAGUGCAGAUGCAUGACCUAGAUGUGGGUGUUGGGUUUAUCAUACCACAUUCGGGGGGGGACAAAGCUGAGUGCACACUGUUGCAUUCACUUGCAGGAUUAGUGCAGAUGCAUGACCUAGAUGUGGGUGUUGAGUUUAUCACACCACAAUGGGGGGGGGGACAAAGGUGACUGCCUCAUGUUGCAUUCCCUUGGAGGAUUAGUGCAGAUGCAUGACCUAGAUGUGGGUGUUAGAUUUACCACACCACAAUCGGGGGGGGGGGGGACAAAGCUGAGUGCACACUGCUGCAUUCCCUUGGAGGAUUAGUGCAGAUGCAUGACCUAGAUGUGGGUGUUGGGUUUAUCACACCGCAUUCUGGGGAGGGGGGCAAAGCUGAGUGCACACUGCUGAAUUCCCCUGGAGGAUUAGUGCAGAUGCAUGACCUAGAUGUGGGUGUUGGGUUUAUCAUACCACAUUCGGGGGGGACAAAGCUGAGUGCACACUGUUGCAUUCACUUGCAGGAUUAGUGCAGAUGCAUGACCUAGAUGUGGGUGUUGAGUUUAUCACACCACAAUGGGGGGGGGGACAAAGGUGACUGCCUCAUGUUGCAUUCCCUUGGAGGAUUAGUGCAGAUGCAUGACCUAGAUGUGGGUGUUGGGUUUAUCACCCCACAUUCAGGAGGGGGGGGAAGCUGAGUGCACACUGCUGCAUUCCUUUGGAGGAUUAGUGCAGAUGCAUGACCUAGAUGUGGGUGUUGGGUUUAUCACACCACAUUCGGGGGGGGGGAACAAAGCUGAGUGCACACUGAUGCAUUCCCUUGGAGGAUUAGUGCAGAUGCAUGACCUAGAUGUGGGUGUUGGGUUUACCAGACCACAAUUGGGGGGGGGGACAAAGGUGACUGCACCGUGUUGCAUUCCCUUGGAGGAUUAGUGCAGAUGCAUGACCUAGUUGUGUGGAUUGGGUUUAUCGUACCAUAUUCGGGGGGGGGGGGGGACAAAGCUGAGUGCACACUGCUGCAUUCCCUUGAAGGAUUGAUGCAGAUGCAUGACCUAGAUGUGGGUGUUGGGUUUAUCGCACCACAUUCGGGAGGGGGAGGAGAAAGCUGAGUGCACACUGCUGCAUUCCCUUGGAGGAUUAGUGCAGAUGCAUGACCUAGAUGUGGGUGUUGGGUUUAUCACACCACAUUCGGGGGGGGGGGGGGGACAAAGCUGAGUGCAAACUGUUGCAUUCCCUUGGAGGAUUAGUGCAGAUGCAUGACCUAGAUGUGGGUGUUGGAUUUAUCACACCACAAUCGGGGGGGGGGGGCAAAGCUGAGUGCACACUGCUGCAUUCCCUUGGAGGAUUAGUGCAGAUGCGUGACCUAGAUGUGGGUGUUGGGUUUAUAACGCCACAAUCGGGGGGUGGGGACAAAGCUGAGUGUACAGUGCUGCAUUCCCUUGGAGGAUUGAUGCAGAUGCAUGACCUAGAUGUGGGUGUUGUGUUUAUCACACCACAUUCGGGGGGGACAAAAGUGAAUGCACACUGCUGCAUUCCUUUGGAGGAUUAGUGCAGAUGCAUGACCUAGAUGUGGGUGUUAGGUUUAUCACACCACAAACUACUGAUGGCCUUUAAUGUGGGUGUGCAGAAUUGUGCACUUGCAUGGGAAAGUUAUUGCGAGUCUGCAGAUCGUACAUUCCCUACCGGCCAGGGCUUGGUUUUGGCUAGUGCAAAUAUCCUGACUGUCAAGAUGCUUACAAGGUACAAAGCACCCUCGUAGGUACCUUAGUGAUGUCCCCCCUCCAUGUUGUUUUCAGUAUGUUCCCUGGCGAUAUUCACAGGUAAGGGAACAAGUCAGCCAUGUCCAUGUGGGAUGAGGCUUAAUGGUGGACAUGCACUGGGGUGUGGGGGACUCGCAUAGAAAAUUAUUUUUUUUCAGGAUUGGCUGGAGGUUUUCACAAAAGAUAAAAAAUAAGCAGAUGUUAAGAUUAAUGGCAAUUAGUGCAACAAAUCAGGAAUCAGAGUUGGGGUGCCCUCAAAGUAUGUGGUUACAGCAUGGAAAGUCAUAUGGUGAUAGAUGAUGCACCACUGUUGAAAAUGUAUGAUGGGGCAGGCUUUUAACAUGUGUUUCAAUUUUUUCCUCUAGAAGCCACAUAGAAAAGCAUAGUGCAUUUACAUGUUUUACUCAUGGGAACACAAACCUUUGAGUUGAGAUGUACAUGUAAAAUGUAGUGUUUUUUUUUUAAAAAGACACAAAACUCCUGGUCAUACCUCUGAAACUCUUAGAUCAAGAAGUCUGGAAAAAACAGUAACCAUGGAAAACACACCACAAACUGCAAGAAAAAUAUAGAAAACAACUGUCCACACCAAUGUCACAAAAAACACAAUUUUAUUGAGCGCUUUCAUCAGACUAAAUGUCAGACUUCAUCAGAAUGAUGGGGGACCUACUAGAUAAAGUGAUGAAGUCUGACAUUUACUCUGAUGAAAGCGCUCAAUAAAGUCAUGGUUUAUGUGACAUCAGUGUAAAAGCCAAAAAUAAUGGGGGAACAAAGGGUCACAAAUAGGGACAUGUUUAAGUAUUGCUCUUAUAAACUUAAAAAGGUGCUACAAUGUGUUAACAUGCAUUUUCUAAAGGAUUUGAAGAAACUGAAAUCUCUGUCACUGUUUAAUGAAUUCAGUCCUCAGUGAUUUGCCAGAACACCAUAACUUUUAUGACAAACUGACCAAAUGUAUGAGGCAAAAUCUGGGCAGUUGAGAGGUAUGUUCCCGAUGAUUGUGAUAAUCACAGUGGUGUUACUCCGUAAUAGCUUUAUGCUUGUUAACUCACAAUAAAUAAAUAAAUGCCAUUGUUUGACUGGAAGCCAUUGCAUUUUCACUCAUUUUACUGAGGAAGUUGAUGUAAUACAGUGGAAAGUGCUAUUUGUCAAGCUUAAAACAGUUAUUGUAUAAAUAUCUUUCUUUGUUUUAUUUUUUGUACUUUGUAUAAUCAAUAUUAAUUAUUUUCUGCCACCUCUUUUAUUUGAAAACUGAUUACAUUGGCUGUUUUAGUAGGUAUACUGAUGAAGUUGCAUUGGAAACCAAAUGACUGAGAACAUUUGAUUGAAAUCUCUUUGCUGACACAAGGCUGCUGUUUGAAUCCUAAAUCUAGGCACAUCAGAAAUUGAAUAUACUUACUAGAAGUAUAUAAAGUAUACAGAUUGCACUAAGCCAGGCCAUCUUUGGCAACUUUUAUGACUUUACAAAUUUGUCUUUUCAAGUUUUAGAGUACAAAGGAAGACCUGAAUAAUUCUCCCCUUACUGUAUAAUGAGCAAAUUAAUGGUUUAGUUGUCUGUAUACAAUUUAACUGGUUUAAGUACCCAUGUUGUUGAAAUUGUUAAGGAGUUGUUAGUAUACUGCCAUAUACUACGCUGUUUCUUUAAAUUGUUUAGUGGUACAGUUGUUGUCAAGGCCUGGCUGAUUUGACUUACAGUGUUAAAGGAACAUAGCUAUAAGUCUGACAAUUUGGUGCAUUGUUCCGUGAGUUGUGAUAUAUGGUUCACAGAAGAAACUGUGGACAAUGUUACAUAAGAAUGGUUUCUCUAUGCAUCUUCUGCAAGCUUAAUAAAUAUAAUAUAUUCU